AUGGCGGCCACGGGGGCCGCAGCUACAGAUAUAGAGGUGAUCCGGGGAAAACGCUCCGCCCUCUUCUUCGCUGCUGUGGCCAUCGUGCUGGGGCUGCCACUCUGGUGGAAGACCACGGAGACCUACCGGGCCCCAUUGCCCUACUCCCAGAUCAGUGGGCUGAAUGCCCUGCAGCUGCGGCUCAUGGUGCCAGUCACUGUCGUGUUUAGUCGGGAGUCAGUGCCUCUGGAUGACCAGGAGAAAUUGCCUUUCACAGUUGUGCACGAGAGAGAGAUCCCGCUGAAAUACAAAAUGAAAAUCAAAUGCCGUUUCCAGAAGGCGUACCGGAGGGCUCUGGACCACGAGGAGGAGGCCCUGUCACUGAGCACUGUACAAGAGGCAGAAGCCAUGCUAGCUGAGCCACAGGAGCCACUGGAGGGCUCCCUGACUGUGUACGUGAUCUCUGAACACUCCUCUCUUCUUCCUCAGGACAUGAUAAGCUAUAUUGGGCCCAAGAGGACAGCAGUUGUACGGGGGCUAUUACACCGGGAGGCCUUUAACAUCAUUGGCCGUCGCAUAAUCCAAGUAGCCCAAGCCAUGUCUUUGACUGAGGAUGUGCUGGCUGCUGCCCUGGCUGACCACCUUCCAGAGGACAAGUGGAGCUCUGAUAAGAGGCGGCCUCUCAAGUCCAGCUUGGGUUAUGAGAUCACCUUCAGUUUACUCAACCCAGACCCCAAGUCCCAUGAUGUCCACUGGGACAUUGAGGGGGCUGUUGAGCGCUAUGUGCAGCCCUUCCUGAGUGCCCUCAGUGCUGCUGGCAACUUCUCCGUGGACUCUCAGAUCCUCUACUAUGCAGUCUUGGGAGUCAAUCCACGCUUUGACCCAGCUUCCUCCAGUUACUACCUGGCUACUCACAGCCUCCCUCACGUCAUCAAUCCUGUGGAGUCACGGCUGGGCUCCGGUGCUGCUUCCCUCUACCCUGUGCUCAACUUCUUACUUUAUGUGCCUGAGCUUGCCCAUUCCCCCCUCUACAUUCAGGACAAGGACGGGGCUCCAGUGGCUACCAACGCCUUCCACAGUCCCCGCUGGGGUGGCAUUAUGGUAUACAAUGUUGACCCCAAAGCCUACAAUGCCUCGGGGUUGCCGGUGAGAGUCGAAGUGGACAUGGUGCGGGUGAUGGAGGUGUUCCUGGCUCAGUUGCGGGUACUCUUUGGGAUAGCCCAGCCCCAGCUGCCUCCAAAAUGCCUGCUUGCAGGGCCUAAGAGUGAAGGGCUAAUGAGCUGGGAGCUGGACCGACUGCUGUGGGCUCGGUCAGUGGAAAACCUGGCCACGGCCACCACCACGCUCACCUCCCUGGCCCAGCUUCUGGGCAAGAUCAGCAACAUUGUCAUCAAGGACAACGUGGCAUCUGAGGUAUACAGGGCAGUAGCUGCAGUCCAGAAGGCCGCAGAGGAAUUAGCCACUGGACACCUGGCCUCUGCCUUCCUUGCCAGUCAGGAAGCUGUGACAUCCUCAGAGCGUGCCUUUUUUGACCCCUCACUCCUCCACCUCCUCUAUUUUCCUGAUGACCAGAAGUUUGCCAUCUACAUCCCACUCUUCUUGCCUGUGGCUGUGCCCAUUCUCCUAUCCCUGGUCAAGAUCUUUAGGGAGACCCACAAGUCCUGGAAGAAGCCUGAGAAGACAGACUGA